AUGGCUAGUAUUGCAUCGUCAGCGCUGAGGUCGGCGAGCCGCCUGGGCUCCAGCCCAACGGUUGCUGCGGCGUCGCUGCGAGGAAUUCAGCGAGCUGCCCUGGUGGCGGCUACGAGGAGGAGUGGGAGGCGGGGAUACGUGACCGAGUCUAAGAGGGAUAAUGCGCGGGUCGAGACAGCUAUCAAGCUGGAUAGGAAGGACUUUGUGGACAUCCCUCCUGCGUCGCUGGAUGCUUCCUCGCCUAACAUGAAGGUUAGCCCGAUGGCUGAGGUCCUCAAGACCGCGGCCGUGAUGGAGGAGGGCCAGAGGCCUAUCUACCUCGAUAUGCAGGCCACCACGCCUGUUGACCCCCGUGUUCUUGAUGCGAUGCUGCCGUUUUACGUCGGCGAGUUUGGCAACCCCCACUCAAGAACGCAUGCUUACGGCUGGGAAAGCGAGAAGGCUGUUGAGGAAGCCCGAGAGCAUAUUGCGAAUCUGAUUGGCGCCGAUCCCAAGGAGAUCAUCUUCACCAGCGGCGCCACGGAGAGUAACAACAUGAGCAUCAAGGGCGUUGCUCGAUUUUUUGGCCGAUCCGGCAAGAAGAAGCACAUUGUCACCACCCAGACUGAGCACAAGUGCGUGUUGGACAGCUGCAGGCAUUUGCAGGAUGAAGGAUUCGAAGUCACCUAUCUGCCUGUUCAGAGCAAUGGCUUGGUCAGCAUGGCGGAUCUUGAAGCUGCUAUCCGGCCUGAGACGGCCCUGGUCAGCAUCAUGACUGUCAACAACGAGAUUGGAGUUAUUCAGCCGGUUGAAGAAAUUGGCAAACUCUGCCGCGAGAAAAAAGUCUUUUUCCAUACAGAUGCAGCUCAAGCUGUUGGCAAGAUCCCGAUUGACGUCAACGCCAUGAACAUUGACCUCAUGUCCAUCUCAUCACACAAGAUCUAUGGUCCCAAGGGCAUUGGCGCAUGCUAUGUGCGGAGACGACCCAGGGUUCGUCUCGACCCCAUCAUCACUGGUGGUGGACAAGAGCGUGGUCUUCGAAGCGGUACCUUGGCACCACCAUUGGUUGUUGGCUUUGGCGAGGCCUGCCGUGUUGCCAAAGAAGAGAUGGCGUAUGACUCAAAGAGGAUCAAGUACCUAUCAGAUCGAUUAUUAGGCGGACUGCUGGGUAUGGAACACACAUCCCAGAAUGGCGACGCCAAGUCAUUCUAUCCCGGCUGUGUCAAUGUUUCAUUUGCUUACGUCGAGGGCGAGUCCCUAUUGAUGGCACUCAAGGAUAUUGCUCUGUCUUCGGGCAGCGCGUGUACUUCGGCCUCACUUGAACCCAGCUACGUGCUCCGAGCGCUUGGAAACAGCGACGAGAAUGCACACAGCAGCAUCCGGUUUGGUAUCGGCCGCUUUACCACAGAGGAAGAGAUCGAUUAUGUAUUGAAGGCAGUUCAGGAGCGUGUUACCUUCCUGCGCGAGCUUAGCCCCUUGUGGGAACUUGUGCAAGAAGGCAUUGACCUGAACACGAUCCAGUGGAGCCAACAUUAA